AUGAAGAGCUCUCGUGGUUGCUGGACAUGUCGACUACGACACAAGAAGUGUGAUGAAAAGGAGCCUAUGUGUGGUGCCUGUGCAAAACUUGAGAUUCAAUGUUACGAUCGACGGAAAAAGAGGCCGGAGUGGAUGGAUGGUGGCAUCGGGCAAGUCGAGAUGGCAGAGCAGAUCAAGCGCGAGAUAAAAUCGAAGGCUCGUCUGCGCCGUGGAGAGCCUGCUAGCAUUUCUCAAUUUGAGACUGACUUUACAGUGACGCCGACGAAGGCGUUCAGAGACAUGGCUCCGCAUCAGUCGCCAGGUGGUGUUUGUGGACAAGAGACAGUUAGUAAUACUACCAUUGCGGAUCCGACCUCUCAUGGGAUUGAGUUCGGCCCUCAGCAUGAACCUCCAGCUGGUGCCCUGAGCGGAAAUGCCCAUGCAACUUAUGCGUUCGAAGGGUCCGAUGUUGUCCUCUCCUUGUUCUACCUGGAGAAGGUGCUUCCUUUCCUGUUCCCAUUCUACAAUCCUUCACUGCCCCAAGGCGGCAAAGCAUGGAUCCUGGAAAUGAUAGUGAAACGACCGGCGAUACGACAGGCCAUUCUAUGCCAGAGCUAUUAUUUCUCUCUCGCUUGCGGAGAAAUUGUUGGUGAUACAACUUGGGACAGUCUGAUGAAACGUGCGGAGAGUGCCUUCUGUAUACUGCGAGAAUCACUCAAAGUAAUCGAAAAUCUCGACAUUGCGCAGAAUUUGGGUUGCACUAUCCGAGUUAUGGCAAGCAUCCUGCAAUUACAUCGCUUCGAAGUCACCAUCUUGAGUUUCAAAAACUGGCAAACACAUCUCAAUGCUGUCGUUGGCCUUCUCGAGCAGCUCCUCGCAGACGAGUCGGGCUUCAGUGGUAUCAUCGAUCGUUUGGGUCCUCCGACCGCUUUUCCUGGGCAUGAUUCACAUCUUCCAAAUGCGGAGCAGGCUGCAUUUUGCUUCUCUUCUGCUCUGAUCAUCUUCGAUGACAUUAUUGCCAGUACCACACUUCAGAUACAACCGAGACUGUAUAGCCAUCAUCGCAGCCUUCUUGGUAGUGAGGCCGAAAAUGUUGAACCACCCGUUAAUAUGGAAGCCGUUUCUGGUGUGCAAAAUUGGCUUUUACUGCAGAUCAGUGAAAUUGCAGCCCUGGACGCCUGGAAGAUAGAAAGUAAGAGAGCUGGAAAUCUGGAUGUCUUGAUGCUGGCGCAACGCGCUACAACUAUCAAGCUAUCAUUGAAAAGAAGGUUAGCAGAGCUUGAAAACAGAGCAGUGAGUGUUAUUGUUAGCUCGCUUGACGAGGUCGAGCCAGGUUCCAAAUUGUUGAUCACAAGGAUUUGGGCACAUGCAACGCUCCUCUAUCUCUUCGUCGUCACUUCAGGCUGGCAAACAGCAAACGAUGUCGUUCGGUAUCAUGUCAGCAAAAUCAAAGAACUAAUCUACCAGAUCCAUCCCCGUGUGUUGCUCCGCACGGUGGUAUGGCCCUUUUGUAUUGCUGGCUGUCUCGCCGAGCGUGCACAAAGGGCUGAGUUUGAACGACUGGUAGAAGGGCUAGAGCCUCCGAAAGUCUUUGCAAAUUUGCGCAACUCACUAGAGAUCAUAGAAAGAACGUGGGAGCAUGGGGAAGGGGGGUUCUCCGCAAACCUUGACAUGGCGAUGUGCUUCGGCAGUCUUGAGGACCCGGCGUUGCUCGUAUAG